AAUGGGGUAGUGGAGAGGAUUCUCCUUCCAAAACAGUAGAGCAGGGUUGUCUGCACCAUUUUGCUUUUUCCAAGUAUGCUUAAUGUCUGAAGGCUGCAGGCUCCCAAGAUGCAGGAAGCAUGUCGGUGACAGAUUUGACUGAGCAGCUGACAAGGACUGAACAGCUGGUAGCACAGCUAAAGGGGCUUGUCAGAGAGAAGGAUGCUGAGCUUCGAGAUAAAGAUCUGCAGUUAAAGGAGGAGAAGGAAUCUGCUGAUGCCAAACUUUCCAAGUUGAAGCUGCAAAACAAAGCAAAGGUAGCAUCACUGACCUCACAACUGGAAGAACUUAAGAAACAGGUAUCAGCAUCAGGAGGCUUAGAGGCAAAGGCAGAACAAAAAAAGGCAUCAAAAGAUGGUGACCAGGAAAAUGCUGCAGCUGCAGCAAAUCGUGGGAAAAUACUAGUACUGAGAAGGAGAAUUGAAGAACUAGAAUCCCAGAUCACACAAAAAAAUGAAGAGCUACAGAAAAAGAGUGCGGAACUGGAGGCCCAGCACUGCCGCGGGACUGAGAUGGAUGCCAUGCUGGCAGAGAAAGAAAAGAAGUUAGCUGAGAGAGAUGCUUAUAUCAUCGAUUUACAGAUGGCCUUUGGAUCCAGUGGUGUUGCCAAUGAAAUGCUUUUGCCCAAUGAAGAACUGAAGAAUCAGCUGGCUGCUAAAGAGUCAUCACUGCAAAGCAUGGAGAUUUUAGUUCAGAACCUCACCAAGAAGGUUGGAGACAGUGAAGAAAAAUGUAGCUUGUUCCAGGAACAGAUUGAGAGUCUGAAAAACAUUCAGAGCAAAGAAAGAGAGCGUUUUCAAGGAAAAGAAGCUACCUUCAUGGAAAAUGUACGUGUGUUGCAAAAUAUUAUCCAAGAAAAGGAAAAGGAACUGGUAGCACAGAGAGAAAAGCAUGAGCAGGAGCUCUUUAAAUUAGCAGCUAAAUCUGAUGCAAGUGCUGACCUAGAACAGCUACUAAAGGCUUUGAAACAGAAGCUCCAUGAAAAGGAAGAAGUCAUGCUGGGAAGGACACAGGUGAUAGAUGUCUUGCAAAAAGAACUGGAUGCCAAGGACCAGCAACUGAAUGAGAUUAAUGACAACCUGAAACGUGUUCUGUCUGAAAAAGAAAACCUCCAGUCUAAACUGGAUGCUGAGAAGCAUGUAAUGAGAGCCCAGUUAAGAGAUAUGAUGGAGAAACAUGAGCUUGAAAUGACAAAAGCUAAGGAGAAAUAUAAUGCUGAACUACAUGAAAUUCAAGAGAAACAUGAAACUGAGCUGCAAGAGAAAGAUCAGGCCCUGUUUCAGCUUAAGAAACAAGUGGCAGAAUUAAGUGGUAGAGGACAGAGUAACUCAAAAGAAGUUACAGAUGUGGAGUCUAUAACCAAAGAGAAGAUGGAAGAUUUAGAAGUACAAGUGAAAUUGAAAACAGAAGAGGCCAGCAAAUCUGAAGCCAAGUUUCUGAAAAUGAAGGCUUGGUCUAAAUCCAGAAUCAAACAACUGGAGGAUGAACUAAAAAGUUUUUCAUCAAAGAAUAAUGAUGUAUCUGCCUUAAACAAUCGUGUCUCAGAAUUAGAAAUUGAAAACGAAGAGCUACAGUCAAAACUGCAAUCAUUGUAUGAAAUCAGAACACAGAAUGAAGAAUUGCUGACUAAGCUGGAAGUCUACGAGGAGCAGCAAAGGAAGUUGCAAGCUGAUCUUGACCAAGUUACAAAGAGGGCAGCUUCACAGGCCAGUGAAUCGGGUAGUGUGGAUGAAUUGCAGAGUCAGCUCUUGGAGUGGCAAGAAAAUGUACCAGAAUCAGAGGAGUCCCGUGAUCAAGUCAGAGAAGAGAAAUCUGCUAUGGCCUUGAGAAUGGCUCAGAUUGAGGAGGAGAGAGAAGCCAUGGUCUCAGGGCAACAGGAGCUGGAGGAGGAACUGACCACAGUUCAAGAAAUGGGCAGGCUGCAGCAGGCAAGACGAAAAAGCAGUCAGACCAGCAGGAAGCUUCAGGAGGAAUACAACUUUGAUAGAAAAGAAUGUUUUCAGGAACUGAAUGUCACCUUGGACAGCACUGAUUCAGCUGAAGGAGAAAACAUGGGAGGUUGGUGGCCAGAGUACACUUCACCUAAUGCAGUAGGUUUACGGAGCGUGGUUGAAGAGUUGGAAUUGGAAAGGAAUCAACUGCAGGAACAGAUUCUUUUCCUAGAAGAGCGUUGUCAGGAUUUGGAAGAUCGAGUACAGCUUCAAGGUAGAAUGGAGGCUCUUCAGGUAACGUUUGGUGUAGAUGAAGAAGGGCAGCUAUUGAGGGCGGUACAGAAUGAAAAUGAACGUUUGCAAACACAACUCACCCAGUUACGCAACCAACAAAUGAGAGAUGCAGAAAAGAAUCAAAUCCUGAUCUCUGGCUUGAAUGAGCAACUUAAAGGAUUAAGUGACAGAAAUAGCUCCCUUGAAACUUCACUUGGAGAAAAAGAACAAAAACUGUUGAGUGUGACAGAAAAACUAGGAGAAAUUGAAACUUUGAGGAAACUACUUCAAGAAAGGGACCUUCUGAACAAAGAGCUUGGGGAGAAAUUUGUGCAUACUGAGCAAAAACUGAAUGAGGCCCUAAAGAAAUGCAGUGUUUAUGAAGUGGAGAACACUGAGCAGAAAACAGUCAUCAGUGAUCUGACAGAAAAAGUUGCUACGCUGAAGGAAAAGACUUUGAAGCAAGAUGGUGUGGUAGAGUCCAUGCAGCUGGAUCUGGACCAGACAAAUGAAGAGCUUGACAAGUUGAACACCAGCCAUUUAGAGGAAAGAUCUCAGCUUAUUCAAGACCUCCAGAAACGGGAAAGAGAAAUUGAUAACCUUAAAGAAGCACUGGCAGAAAAAGACAAGGAGAUGUCUGUCCUGUCUUUGAACAUGACAGAAUAUUCUGAGCAGGUUCUCAUCCUGAAGCAACAAGUGCAAUGCAAAGAGGAAGAUAUUAGAGGGAUGGAAGAGGCUUUAUCAAAGGCUGAGAGGGAAACUCAUUUACUGAAGGAAGUACAAACAGCUGACGUAAGAGAUGCAAGCAUGAAGAUAUCUGUCCUUUCUGAGGAAAGUAAUACCCUGAGACUAGAGCUAGAAAGAGUUAGAGUUGAGAGUGAAGCUAAAACCAAAGAAAAUGAGGAAUUAAUAAGACAAAGCAGUGAGAACAGCAUCACGAUUAAGGAUCUCCGGUCUGAAAUCAAGGCCAACAAUGUUGCCUACCAUAACAAACUUGCAGAGUGUGAAUCACAGAUUACUUUGCUGAAAGAACAACUUAGUAAAUCAUCUGAAAAGCUACAAGAAACAGAGGAUAAACAAAGAAAAGAAACGGAAUACUUAAAAUCCCAGCUUGAGGAAAACAAUACUCUAAAGGAAAAAUGGAACAACUUGCUUAAAGAGAAAGAGAGUAAAGCACAGACACUUGAAAACGAGUUAAAAUCAAUUAAAGAUUCAUACAACAAACUGGUUUUGGAAAAUGCUAAAAAAGAUGAAGAGUUGGUUGAGUUAUCUAGGAAGCUUAUAGAACAUACUGAACACCAGGCAACAAUUAAAAAAGAAUUACAAGAGAAACAAGAGCGUGUUAUUUCAUUAGAGCAGAAGCUUGGGGUUUUGGAGCAGCAAAAUGAAGAGAGUCAACUUAAAUUAACUGAAGAUCUAAAAGCCAAGGAGACAUGUUGCAAAGAACUCAAUAACCAAUUAAAUGAAAUACAUAAACAAAUUAACAAGAUGGAAAUAGAGACACAAGAGAAAGUUUCAGCUAAUAAACAAUUGCAGGCAGAUCUUGAAGGGAAGGAAGAAAAACUGGCAGAGCAAAUAAAAGCAAAUGAAUAUCUGAAAAAAAAAAUUGAUACGGUGGAAAAAGAGAAGGAACAGCUAAUGAGUGAAAAUGAGAAUUUGUCCAAACUCCUGGAUGCAAAAGAGAGUGAAUUGUUACAGAAAAUCCAGGCUGUGGCAGAAAUAGAGAAUAAGUUUUCUCUUAGUGCUGCUGAGUACGAAAAAAGUCUUUCAGUACUAAAUGGUGAUAAAAAGACUCUGGCAAAAGAGGUUGAACAACUGUCAAUACUUGCCAAACAAAAAGAAAGUUCAGUUGCAGAACAGCUGCAGGAGAAAACAAAGGAGUGUGAUGUGCUGGCUGCUCAGUUGUUUGAAAGCAAGGAACAGACACAACAGUUGCAGGAACAAAUGCAAUCACUUCUCAUUCAGCUGAAGGAUACAAGGGAGAAAGAAAUAAAGAAAGAUGAAAUGUUAAAUAAUAAGUUAUCUGAAUGUAGUAGCUUGAUCCAAGAGCUCAGCCAUAGUAAUGAAAAGAACUUACUCCUGCAGGAACAAAUUCAGAGCGUAACUUUGGAUUUUGAAGCUGCAAACAGGUCUCUAGAAGAGAAAAUCCUUCAAAGUGAUUCAUUGCGUAAGGAGAUGGAAGAGAGCAAAUCUUGUGUUGUGGAGUUGCAGGGUGAAGUUAAAAAACUUAAAGAUGAAAAAACAAAGUUAUCUCAGUUGGUUGAAGAAAGAGACCUGACUGUAAAAAGUCAGGGUUCAGAACUUGAGAAGCUUCAUAGGCAAGUUUCUGAAAAAAUGGAAGAAAGUACAGUGUUAAAUAAUCAGCUACAGCUGCUAAGCAAAGAGGUGGAUGUGCUCAAGCAUGAAAAGGAGGACUUUGCAAGCCUGUUGAGUGAGAAGUCACGUGAAUGUGAAGUGCUUCAGUCACAGCUGGUACAGCAACAGUCGGAAAUUACUUCAGUGAGGCAACAAAUGCACACAGCAGCUCUGGAGAGUGAAAAAUUGAAAGCAGAGAUUGAAACAUUGAAUGUUACAGUAAAGAAGAAGUCAGAUGAAGUGGCUGCUUUAACCUCACACUUGUCCCAACAAAGUCAUAAUAUUUUAGCUCUGAAAGACCAAAUUGAUGGCCUGUUGCUUGAAAAAGAAAACUUAAAAAUUGUCUUUGGUGAAAAAGAAACUCUCCUUUCUGAAAAGGAGACUUUGAUUCAGCAAAUGAAGGAUAGUAAAACUGCAGGAGAAGGGCAUUACAUGCAAAUCAUUUCAGAUCUGCAAAACCAAAUACAAACCCUAGGUUUUGAAACCAGCCAGCUUAGACAUGCAAUCCAGGAAAAAGAAAAUGAAUGUAAGAGGCAAGUCCAAGAACUAAAGUUAUUAAAAAAUAAAUCCGAAGAGUCUGAUGUACUUAGGGUUCAACUGUCUGAGAAUAUGCAGGUAAUUUCUGACCUUCAAUUUCAGCUUAAAAAUCUGACAGAAAAAUCAUCCCAGUUGAAUGAUUCCAUUAUACAGAAGGAUGAAUCUUUAAAACAAAAAUUAGAUGAAUACAUCAGUUUAAAAGCACAACUUUCUGAGGUACAGGAAUCUUCUGUUUUGCAGCAGAAACAGUUGGAGCUUUUAGCCACUGAAACAAAACAAUUAAAAGCGGUUGUUUCAGAAAAAGAGUUAACCAUCAACAAUAUGUCAUUGUCUAGUGAGACUUUCAAGACACAGCUUCAAGAGAAAGAGAAUGAAUGUGAGGUCUUAAAGAAGCAGGUGGUAGAGCUGGAGGAAGUGAAAGUUAAUUUACAAAAAGAAAUACAACAUCAGAAGAAUGUCAUUAUGGAGUUGGACCAGUCGUUAUCAGAAAAGGAGUCAUCUCUCAUGGAAAAUAAAAAUCUCAUCACAACUCUGAAGGAGAAAGCUGGGAAAGAUGAAGAGAAGACACAUCUAAUUACUCAGCUCCGAAGUCAGGUACUUGAACUAACCCAGGAGCUGCAGAAAUCCAAAGAACUAGUCAACGAGAAAGAAAAUGCCUUUUUAUCUCUUCAGGAGAAAAUGGAAGCACAGAGUGAGCUGAGAACUGAGUUGAAUGCAGCUCUUGGGAAAAAGGAAGAAGUUAUUGCUGGGCUGCUUAAUUCUUUAAAGGAAAAAGACACGAGGAUACAGCUGGCAGAUGGCAACGUUGGUGUUCUGACUAGUGAGAUUGAUAUUAAUCAGAAGAAAAUUGAUUCUUUGACAGUUGAACUUGACUCUCUUAAAAUUGAGCACCAAAAAGCACUAGACCAGAUAAGGACAUGGGAAGAAGAACUGCAGCAAAAAGACUUGGCUGUGGAGUCUCUGCGUGUGACGUGCGCUGAGCAGGCAGAUAACAUUGAGUGUCUGAAGUUAGAGCUGAACAAUGUAAAUUCCAGAUCAUCUCAAGACUGCCAUGACAACAAGCUUCUAAUAGGCAGUCUGCAGUGCCAGGUGGAGUCUUUAGAGAAAGAAAAAAGUCUUUUACAGGAAGAUGCUGAUAAACUGGUGGCUGAAAACGUUCAACUUACCGAGUCGCAAAAUCAAUUGCAAAAGAAAUUGGCAGAGCUUCGAGAAAUCAAUGAAAAGCUAGAAACCAGUGAGAAUUAUUCAAGAAUGCAGAUAGAUGCUGUCAAGCUGCAGAUGAAGACUGAAAAAGAGAAGUUACAGAUGCAGGUUAGUGUAAAGGGUGAAGAACUUUCUAAGUUGGAACAUAAAAUAGAGUCUCUAGAGCAAAAUCUGCUCGAGUCAGAAAACAAGUGGGUGACAGAACUUGACAGGGCAGCUGUACAAAAUAAUAAUCUUACUGAGCAAUUGGGCAGUUUAGAAAGUGAAAUGAAAUCCAAGGAUAGCAAAAUCCAGGCUUUGCAGCAAGAGCUGGAUCUUAUAAAAGAGGAAUUAACUCAAACCUUAUCUCCAUUACUUAGUAGUAGGCUUUUAUGUAAAGAAAAGAGGGCACAGAUUUCAGAUUCUGAACUGCAGCUCACUGAUAGUAAAAUUCAGUUGGAAGAACUCUCCAGUCUGAUAACCACUAUUCUGAGCAAAGAAACAGAAGGAGAACAGUUGCAACUGGUACUUUUAGAAAAACAGAAAGAAAUAGACACCAUGAAAAAGGAAUUAAAAAGUCUGCAGUCACUUGAGGAGAAGAAUGAGUUGCUGCAGAAUGAUAUGGAGAAGAUGGAAGGCAAGUACAAAUCUGAAAUUGAAUGUCUGUCAAAAGAAAUGGUCACAGUCAAGGAAACAUUAAGUGAACAACAGUCUCUCUUGCAAGAAAAGGAAGAGUCUUUUGCAGAAAUAAAUAAGCAGGUUGAAUUUCUUCAAGAGAAGAUAAAUAAAUCAGAAGAAAUAAUAAGAAUCAGUCAAGAAAAACUACAAGGUGAAGGUAAAAAAGUAGCAAGUCUCCUUGAAGAAAUGGGAGAAAAAGAUGAACUAAUAAAAAACUUAACUUCCCAGUUAAAUCAGCAGAAGGAUUUAAUUUCUGGUCUAAGCCAGCAACUGAAAGAAAAGGACUGUUCUGUUACCCAGGUCAUGGAGUCGUUGUCUAAUGAAAUGCUGCAUUUUUCUGAAGAGAGAAAUACAUUAAAUACCAAACUGCAAGACCUUGAAGCUGUUCAUAAGAGUUCUGUGGGAGAGCUAAAGAGAGUAAUGCAAGAGCUUGAGGAUUGUAAGAAGGAACUGGAACACAGUCAGGGUACACUAAGCAGUAGAGAAUCUGUGUUUAAAGAUUUAAUGAAUGAAAAAGAGGAGAUGCAGGUUAACCUGGAGAAAAUGGGCAAGGAAAAAGAGAAUCUGAAAAAGAAACUUCAAGCAGCAUUGAUAAUAAGAAGAGAUUUAAUGCAAAAAGUUGGAAAGCUGGAAAAGAGUGGACAGGAAGAAAUUGAAAAAGAGCAAAAAAGAGCAGAGGAGUUGUCAAAGAAAGUUAAGGAGUUAACAGACAAGCUGGAACUAGUUGAAGUCCAAAAUAAAGAUUCUGAGUCUCAUCUUAGAGCUCUGAAGCAACAGCUUUUAGAAAAAGAUGCCAAAAUAAACGAUUUGACUGAAAAUUUGUCUUCCAAAGCCUCUUAUUUAGAGGAGCUUAAGGGCAAUAUUGCAGAACUAAAUGAUGUUAUUGCUGCAAAACAAAAUCUAUGUGAGCAGAAUCUAAAGGCUUUAGAGGAAAAGGACUGUAUGCUUGCUCAUAUGCAAUCUGUGCUCGAUGAAAAAGCGAGUGUGUAUGAAGUGGAACGUUCUCAGCUGCUUGUAGCUCUUGAAAAAGUGAAGUCUGAAGUCAAGGAGAAGGAAGAAUUGUUGAAAAAAUCCAGUUCAGAAGAGCCUGAUAUAUGUACUGGGGACAGGAAGAAGUGUCUGGACCCCAACAGUGUCAUGAAUCAAUUGAAAAAAGAAGAAGAAGCCUUAGAGAGGGAGCUUUUGGUCAGGAAAGAAGAUAUGGAAAAGUUUCAGAAAGAAAAGGAAGAGCACGAUAAACUUGCAGUAGAUUUAGAUGAACAAAAAACCUACCUUGAGAAUUUCAAACAAGAACAUAAAGCACUCCUGGAAGUUCUUCAAACAAAAUGUGAAGAACUCGACUUGAAUCAGUUAGAAAAGUAUCCUCUAGGGAAGGAGCUGGCUGCACCCAAGGCAGUGCUGGGAGAAGAAGAAACUGACCUGAGGAAUUUGGAAUCAGACAAACAAAGAAGCAAAGCUGAGGUUGCAUCCUUAAAAGAGACAGAAAACAUGAUCCCUUCGGUGGCAAGUAAAGGCACGGAGUUAGAAGAGCUAAGAAGUAAUUAUGCAAAACUUCAGGAGGAAACAGAAAUGUUAAAGAAAGAGUUGAGAAAAAUAUCAGUUGAAUUUGGUGAUGAAAGAGAAGAAACAGUCAACUUAAACUCUUGGAGACAGCAGGAGCAGUACCAGGAGCAAUGUAAGGGCAGCUGGUUGGAGGACAUAAAGCAGCUACAGAAAAAGCUGGAAGCAUCUAAGGCUGAAGCUCUGGACAUCAAGAGAGUGCUUGAACGUGUGAAUAAUGAGAAAGAAGCACUUACUAAAAAAAGUGAAGAGGAUCAGAAGAUGAGCCAGGAGCAACUGCAGAGAUUGAGAAGUGAAGUGAAGAAGGAGGUUGCAGAAAAGAAUGAGGAAAUAGAAUCAUUGCGUUCUUCACUGGCGGAUGUCAAAGCUAAACUUGAUCAGGAGAAGGAAUCGUUAAACAAAGCUGUGAAGGAGGCCCGAGAGGAGGCUCAUCAUUACAAAACAGCAUUUGAAGAAAUGAAGAGUGAAAGAGAGAAACUUGUCAGUUGUUUAGAAAAGUCCAAGUCGGAGCUACUUAAUAUGAGAAAGGAGGUGAAACAUUUCAGUGAAGAAAACAAAGAGCUUCUGGCAGAGCUACGUGUGCUGCGGGAGAAGGCUGAGAUGAGUAGAUCUGUGGGGUCGUGCAAAGAGCUUAAGGAAGCUCAGCAAGUUCCUGAUUCCUCAGGAAGAACUAAACUGAGGGAAGAAACAGAACGCCAAAUCCAGAAACAAACACAAAUGAUUGAGGUAAAAAGUGCAAAUGUAGAUGAUUCUAAACCACAAGAGCAAAGAGCUACAGCAGAAGAGAAGUCCAGAGAGCACCUUCAGAGAAAAUUACAGGCAGCUUUAAUAUCACGUAAAGAAGCCCUGAGAGAAAAUAAGUAUCUCAAAGACCAGAUAGAUAAGCUGAUGUUGGAAAGGGAAGAACUGGUGAACAAGACAGGUAUGCUUGAGCACUUGUUAGAGCUUGGUAGAGAAAACCAAAGUUCAAGUGCUGUUUUUCCAUUGCCUGAAGAGGAGAGCCUUGUGUCUGAAAAUGCUAGACUCCUGACUGAAAAUGAAAACCUCACUGCGGCAUGUGAAAGUCUUAAAUCCACCAUGGAGACCAUAGUUCAGGAAAAAGAGGCCUUUUCUUGCCAACUAAAUACCUUAAAAGAUUCUCAGACAGUUGAAUUAACAGGAUGGAAGGCAAAACAUAGUGAAUUAAAGCAGGAGUAUGAGUCGCUGCUUCAGGCUUAUGAGAAUAUCAGUAGUAAAAUAGCAGAUAUGAGGCAAGUUAUUGAUCUCACUAGGAAGGAGAAGCAAGAGGCUCUUCAAAAGCUGAGGGAAGGAGAAUCUGAGAAGGAGGCUCUCGAGAAGCAUUUACAAAAACUGAUGGGUGAAAACGAGGUUAUUAAUAAUCAACUGAAACAGCUCAGCGAAGCCAAGAAAACGGAAGUCGAGGAAUUACAAAGUAAGGCAGAAAGGCAGAUCUGUGAGCAAGAGGCAAGGAUGCAGGAACACCAGGAUCGUCUUCAUGAGCUCACUGAUCAGAAUCACCAGCUCAUGGAGGAAAAUGAGCAGCUGAAACAAACCUCUGAAAAUUUAAAGCAGGCUUUAGAGAAAAUUCAGAAUGAAAACGAUACCCUUCAUAACAACAUCACCGUAACUAAAGCAGCUUUGGGAGAGCUCCAGGUUCAAAUGGAAGUGUACCAAAAUGAUAUGCAGUCUAAAAUCAAUGAGGCAUUGUGUGAGAAUGAAUCAUUGCUAAAGGAUAUUAAUGUGUUAAAGGAUCAACUCUCUGAAAAAGAACAAGAUGUGCUUGUCCUAGAAGAAGAAAUAAAUUUGAUUUCCGAAAAAGCGAAAGAAACGGAAAGAUCUUUGGACCAUAAAAAUAAUUGUCUAACAAAGCUGGACAUGGAAUGUAAAAGCCUUACACAAGAAAUUGUUAGUCUAAGUGAGAAAGUUAAGAUUUUAGAGGAUGAUAAAUGCCUGUUACAGGAAGAAUUAGAAAACGUACAGGAAAGUUCUUACAAAGUCAAGAAUGAGAGAGAAUUUCUUGAGACAGAAUUGCUUAAUCAUGUUAAAAAAGUUGAUAAUCUUACUGAUAGAAUGAAAUCAGCACAGGUACAGAAUAACUUGCUGUUACAGCAGCUGGAAGAAAUAAAGGCAGAAAAAUGUAAUGUGGUUAAAGAAAAAGAGCAGCAGCAGUUACAUCUUGUAAAAAUGUUUGAGGAGAAGGUGAAAAGUGCUCAGAGGGAUAAUAAUGGAAGUAAAAACAAAACAAAAGAAUUACAAGAACUCUUAAAGGAGAAACAGCAGGAGAUCAACCAUUUGCAAAAGGAUUCUAUAAAGUUCCAGGAGCUGAUCCUAGAUUUGGAAAGAUCUGUGAAACUGUCACAGUCAAAAAGUGAAAAAUUUGAAAAGGAUUUAAGGAAUACAUCAGAAAAGCUUGCAAAGUCCUAUGAAGAAAUACAGCAUCUCAAGGCAAAGCUUUCUUCACAGAUGGACUUGUUGGAUCAGUCGAAGAAUGAAAUGGACAGGCUUACAGAUGAGAAUCUAAAUUGGAGAAAAACACUUCAGAAGAAAGAUGAUGAAUUACAAAUUCAAAAGAAAGAAUAUGAGAGAGAAUUGGAAAUAAAUCUUCAAGAGUUAAAAUUAGUUCACAAAAGAGAAAUUUUGAACCUAGAGGAAAGACGUGGUGCCCUUGAAAGAGAAAGAGAGAGGGCAGUUAGUGAGAUGCGUGGUUUGCAAGAGGAAAUGAGCAUGAAGGACUCUCAAAACAAGAAACUUCAAGCAGAUUUGAAUGCAGCUUUGGCACAAUUAGCUGCUUUUACCAAGUGUAUGUCCUCUCUUCAGGAUGACCGGGACAGGGUCAUCACUGAAAUGAAAACCUGGGAAAUGCAGUUCAAAGAGACCAUCCAAAAUAAAGAGAGACAGAUAGAAAAUAGUAAUAAGAGAAUCAUGUCUUUACAAGAGGAACUGAAAGACAAAGUAACUCAGAUUCAAGAAUUGAAUAUCAAAUAUUCUGUGGCAGAAGAAGCAAAAGAUGAACUGUACUCAAGGCAGAAAUCUGCUGAUAAACAAAACUAUGAGGAGAUCUGCAGAAUAAAGGAAGAAAAUGCAUUUUUCUUUAAUAGGCAGCAAGAACUGGAGAGUGUUCUUCAGUCAAAAGAAGAAGCUUUGCAGGCCCUCCUUAAAGAAAAUAAUUCUCUUAAUCAUCUCAUAGAGAACAGUAAAAGUACAGGAAGGGAGAUAAAAGCUCUGGAAAGUCAUUUUACAAGGCAGGAGCAAGAAUUGCAACAGCUUCUAGCUGAGAAGGAAAAAAUGAAUGCUGAAUUGCAAAAGCAGAUUACCAUUUCUGAGCAAAUGAAGAUCAUGCUAAAUAAUAAAGACAAAGAAAUUUCCUUACUGAUUUCUUCAAAAGGUGAUGAAAUUUCUAGCUAUCUGAUUCAGGUACAGACUCAACACAGAGACCAAAUCAAAGAGUAUGAACUUCAGCUAAGGUCUUUGCAGCUGGAGAGACAACAGUCUGAGGAGUCCUGUCAGAGGAUGAGAGAUGAGUUGAGGAACCUCCAGAUGAAAGCAGACAAAGCUGUUCAAGAUAAGGCUGCAAUAGCCAGUGAAAUAGAUGCCUUUAAAAAAUCCAUGUCCUCUCUUCAGAAUGAUCGGGAUGAUCUGUUUUCUAAAUACAAAGAGCUGGAACAUCUCCACCAAGAUGUCUUAAAUCAACGGGACAGUCUUCUAGUUGGCAAUGCAAGUGAGAACAGUGCUUUGAAGCAAGAACUAAGGAUCCUUCUCAAUCAGAUAGAUGAUCUUCAUUCUGAGAAUGCAUUGCUAAGUGCCCAGCUGAUAAAGUACAGGGAAGACCUUAACCAAGUUUUGUCUCUGAAAGACCAUCAGCUGAAAGACUUACUGAAGCAGAAAUUGGAUUGUAUUAAAAGCCUUGAACAAGAAAAAUAUGAUCUUCAAAAGCAAAUAAAAGAAAUGCAACUUUCCAGUGAGCUGCAGAAGGAUGCUGCUGUAUCUUUGGAACGGGAAAAUAAAAAAUUGGUGUCUAAAGUAAAUGAUUUAGAAGCUUUAAUUGCAUCAUUAAACAAAGAGAAACUUGCUUCUGAAUCUGGAGAGAAGCUGCUAAUUGGUGGUGGUGUCCCAAAAAAAGAAUGUGUAUCCAAUGGACAAUAUGAAGCCAAUCUUCAGAAGAAGGUUCAAGAACUCCAGAAAUCAAAAGGCAAAAAUACUCAGGGUACAGAUGAGGAACACAGUAAGACUCUUUUGACACUGCAACAUGGAGAUGAACCUGGUGUUUUUGCAGAGAAGAUGAUGUUAGAGAUUCAAUCUCAAAACACUGAGCUGAGGUCCCAAAAUGAGGCCUUUGGGAAAGCAAUGACUGCUCUGCAAAAUGAUAGGGAUAGGAUAAUAGAGGACUUAAAGGUACUUCAGAGCAAAUACACAUCUGAACUUCAGACUGAAAAAAAGAAAGGAGAUGAACUUGAAGCUGCAUUGAAUGGCUUUAAAUUACAUCUUAGCAGUAUGUUUAAAGAAAAUCCUCUUUUGAAUUGGGCUGGUUUUGAUGCUGCAGAUAAGAUUACACUUGAUCAGAUUGCUGAUGCAGUUGAAACUCUCUGUAGGACCUUAGUCAGUCGUGAGCUGGAGAUGAGCAGGCUCUCAUCUGAAUGUGGGAGUUACGUUCACCAGAUCGAAGCAUUUUCCAAGGCUAUGGCCAGUCUUCAGGAUGACAGAGACAAAUUGCUGCAGGAGCUCAGCAAUCAGAAGGCCAAAGAAGGAGCCAACCUUGCAGCUGUUGAAGUAGCAAAACUGAAGACAAAGGUUGAUGAUCUGGAGAGGGCAUUGCAGCAGACAAAAGCCUUCCAAGCAGAAACAGAGAAAGAGAUUGCAUCUUACCAGAAUGAGCUGGCUGGAUUAAGAAUGGAAAAGUCCCUCCUCCUCUCAGAGUCCCAGGCCCUGCGAAAUCAAUGUCAAACCACAGUUGCUGAGAAGGACCAACAGAUUGCAGAGCUACAGAAGCUGCAACAAGACAUGAUUGUGAGGAAUUCAGUCUCCUCUGGCAGCAAUUACCCAGUCAAGGUUUUGGAGACUGCCUCCCUUGCUGGCAGUGCAGAGACACCAGAGGACAUCAAACAUGCCUUAGCUGAGAAGAAUCAGCUUCACAGGGAACUGCAGCGCUGCCUUCAGGAGAUGCAGCAGAAGGAUCUGCACUUUCAGCAGGUUAAUUCAAAGGUUGUCCAGUCAGCAGAAGAGAAUGCUGUCCUGUCUGCCCAGCUGAAGGCUCUGUCACAGACCCUGAGGGAUAACCAGCUUCGUUACACUGACCUGCAGAAUCGUUAUUUAAGACUGGAGAGGGAAUAUCAGACAAUCCAAGUGGCAUCAUUCCAAGGCCCUGUUCAGGAUGAAACUCGAGCAGAAGUUCCCCCUGGAGCACCACAGGAAAGAUCUGCUGUCAUUGUUGAAAUAGACAAUACGGAGCUGAAUGAUCUCAGAAAAAGGCUUGCAGAGACUGAGCAACAAUAUGAUUCAGUGCAGCAGGCUCUCUCGCAGCUGACAGAAACUCUGGCAGAAGAGAAGAGGAGGAGAGAAGCUGCAGAAGAGGCUCUUGGACUCUCUGAGGAGCAAAGUAACAGAUUUGAAGUAAGCAGUUACAGGUCUGUACCUAGUGAAUACUCUGUUCAGGUGGAAACUGAGGAGGAAAGGGAAGCCUUAAUCAUCAAUCCUAGUGAGCACGUUAUUGUGCGAAAGAUGAAAGGAGGAGCCCUUUCUUUCAGAAGAUGGCUUCGAGGGCGAAGUCUGUACUGUUCCAAGCUGCUGACCUCCAGAGCAAAAUCCCGCUAUUUAUUCCUCACCUACCUGGUUACACUGCAUCUUGUUGUUUUACUGUGCCUCAGUGGUGUUCUCUGAGUACACUACAUUUUCUGGGUGAAUGAUUUCCCUGUAGGUAAUGGUGUGCCAAGUCAAGACAAUAGACUUUUCACCUGCUGCUGUUAAGCUAUGCACUGGACACAGUUGUAGAUAUUCUUGUUACACGACAUGAAUCUUACGCUUCUCAAAAGAAAUUUGUGUCUAUCACAGUUGCUCCAAAGUUGACUUGAAUUGCUCUUUAACAGUGGAAUAUUAUAUUUGCUAAGGAGAAAAUAUUCCCCUCUGUUUGCCCUAUAAGGAAGCUGCUGCAUACAAGUUAUUUAAUAUUGUUUGUGAGGACAUAAUGAUCGAUCACUACUGAAUGGGUUGUAAAUGAUAUCUUUUCUAUAUAAAUUUUAUUUUAAGAGUUAAACUAUACAUUUUAAAGGAAUAUUCAGCUAUUACUGUUUAUUGACUUCUUGAUUAUAACAAGAAGUUUUAUGGAGUGCAAUAAAGGAAGAACUACUGGGGUUUUGAUUUUUGUUGGUGGUGGGUUUUUGUGUUGUUGUCUGAAAAUAAAAGAUUUAAGAAGGUU